CCAAUGCUAUAGGUGUGCAGAUUUGGCAACGACGGAGCAUUUCGCAACCGUGUGUGUAUGCAUGUGCGUAUAAGAGAGGCUGGAGAACAAGGGAGAGUAUAAGAAGCAAGAACAUCCAUCUGGUCUUCGCCACAUCUUGGAUCUUUCUCUCUCUCCGUCUUGUGGAGCAUUGACUUAGUUCUAAAGCUCAAGAUGUCUCAGACUCAGCUGGAAGCAUGCAUUGAGACCCAGAUCAACGUUUUCCAUCAGUAUUCUGUGCGCCACGGACAUUUUGACACCCUCAGCGCCAAGGAGCUUGAGCAGCUGAUUCAAAAGCAACUCCCCAACUUCUUGAAGGACUCCAAGAACCCUAAAGCUAUCGAGAAGCUGUUCAAAGAGCUGGACCAGGACAAGGAUAAGCAGAUAUCUUUUGGAGAGUAUGCAGCCUUCCUCUCUCGCGUCGCCAUCGCCAGCCAUGAGCACAUCCACCAAGAGGGCGAUGAUGGCCACGCCCACCACCAGCACUAAGUCUCAAUGGGGAAGCAGAAGAGCCAUGCAAAUCAUCCCAGCUUUCUGAAUGGCUCCCUGCAAAGAGAGUUCUCUCCCUCCCCCCGGGGUUCCAGCUAAUGCAUCAAAAUAAUUAAAAAUGUGCAUUCCUCUCAAAUCUCUUUGUCAUGGUUUUGUCUGUAAAAAAUAAAAUAAAAUUCAGGAUCUGAGAAAAA